GGAAUCAACAAAGAAGGAGUUGGGAGAAGUAAAGGCGGGAUCUGGAGUCCAGGGGUAGUGUAAUGCAGUUAGUGCUGCAGGAGUGACGGUUUCUGCAAGGUCGGGGGAGACUGAUUGGGAAACCGCACACAGGCGUCUAGGGCAUGUGGCUAUGCCAUUGCUGCAGCAACUACAUAAGGAAGAAGCAGUAAAGGGGCUCAAGCUUUCUGGGCAACCAAAUGAUACCAAGUGCGGGACGUGUCUGCUGAGCAAGUUCAAACGGUUCCCCUUUCACGGCGUAGCUGGGAAAAGCAAGGCAGCACUGGAACUGGUGCACAUGGACCUGGUAGGACCUUUUCCAGUCCGAGGAAGUAAGGGGGAAAGGUACUUCCUGACAAUAGUUGAUGACUGGAGUCGGUUGAUGUGGGCAUACCCGUUGAAGCAGAAGGAUCAUGCUGCCUCAACAAUACGAGAUGAUUGGCUGCCGUUUGUCGAGCGACAAUCUGGGCACCCAUGCAAGAGCAUCAGAACCGACCGAGAAUGGCAACGAGAAAGCUGUUGAGCUCCACAAGUGGAGGAGCCACAACUGAGCAGCAGGAACAGGCUCAAGGCGAAGAUGCAGUGCUGUUCUUGGGUGAUGACCAAGAGUCAGAUGACGAGGAGCCUGCAUACUGCUUUUACGCACCAAUACAACCUCCGAGCAUGGAUCAUGCGCUAGCCGGGCCUCAACGGGGGAAGUGGCUCGUUUCAAGAGAUGCAGAGUUCAACAGCCAGAUGGAGAAUCACACAUGGGACCUGGUGUACUUGCCAAAUGGGAAGAAGGCAAUACAGUGCAAGUGGCUGGCAAAAAUCAAGACGGAUGAGAAAGGAGAGCCAUCAGUUUACAAGAGCAGGCUGGUGGCAAAGGGGUUUCAGCAGAAAGAGAAGGAAGAUUACAAUGAAGUGUUUGCCCCAACUGCUAAGUCUCCAACGCUACGUGUGCUGCUGGCGGUAGCUGCUGUGCGCAAAUGGAAGCAGCAGUGACAAGGAGAUCGAUGGGGUGCAGCGGAAGCUCACAGAGCAGUUCAAGUGCAAGUCACUUGGAGAGGCAAGGUACUACCUGGGAAUGCACAUUGAGCGGGAUACUGAACGUGGCUGGCUCAAACUGCAUCAGGGACAGUACAUCAACACCUUGGCUGAGAAGUAUGUUAGAAGCAGAAAGGUUCAGUUUAUUGAUGAAGGAAAGGCAUUACAUAGGA